AUGACCUGGCAAGAGACUUACGAAUCUGAGUGUCGAGUUUUCAAGCACGAACUCACAUACUUGACGCACAUUCUGAGAUACGACCCAAAACAGAUAGGAAUAGAACACAUCCAAGAUAUCUGCAGACGACUGGCGGCACAUUCCUUUCAGGCAGGACAAGUUCUGAAAGCUGCAAAUGCCAUGUUUGAAGAAGACCAGAACUGUAAAUAUGUCCGGCGGGGACCGCCUGGAUGGUUUGUUGGCGAUAUUGAGGAUUCUGAGAUGGAGAUUCACUGCUCUAUGCUGGAGUAUCAACUGUGUAAGAAGGCACAGCAAUUUCGCGAGGACCAUUCUCUUGAUUUGAUGAUAACUGCGGACCUUGCGAUUUUGAUUAAAAAUUUCGAGAAGGAUGUCGGUGUUUGA